GGGGAAGACGGUUUUGGGUUACACGGAGGCGGAGCUGCGGGCUCGGGGCUCGGGUUACCAGUUCAUCCACGCUGCUGACAUGCUCCACUGCGCUGAGAACCACGUCAGGAUGAUGAAGACAGGGGAGAGUGGCCUGACUGUCUUCAGGCUGCUGACGAAGGAGAACCGUUGGAAGUGGGUGCAGGCCAACGCCAGGCUGGUCUACAAGCAUGGCAGCCCUGAGUACAUCAUUGUCACCCAGAGACCCCUCCUGGAUGAAGAAGGAGGAGAACACCUCCAGAAACGUUCCAUGCAUCUUCCCUUCACCUUUGCCACGGGAGAGGCCCUCUUGUACCAGAGCACUUCCCCUCUCCAGGGCUUCCCUGCCCCUUUCCAGAGCAAAGGGAAAACCAACAGCAGCUCCCUGGGCCAUUCUGAGGACUCAUCCUCCUUGGAUGCAGGAAGAGGAGCCUGGAGUGUGGUUGCCCCUCAGAUUUCAUCAAGGAGGGAUGGUGUGGAAGAAGAGCUGGUGGAUUUCCAGCAGGAGGACCCUCUCUUGGCCACCUUGGACUCGCUCUCCAUUCAGAGUGAUGAGAGCUGCUCCAACAACGAGCUCUUCAGUGCCCUGGAGGGCUUGGGGUUGAAUGCUGAGGACCUGGAGCUCCUGCUGCUGGAUGAGAGAAUGGUCAUGGUCAACAUGGACCCUGAGCAAGCCCUGAGCAGCUGCCUCAGCAAUGAGAUUCUCUCCUACGUCCACGCCACCCUGGUGAGCAAGCAGGAGGAAGGACAGCAGGUCUGUCCCCUGCCAGGCCCUUCCUCCAGCCCACGUGGGGACACGACCACCUACCAACCCUCCGUGGAGGUGAGGAGCUCACAGGACCUGCCCCAGGAUGUCCUGCACCCCAACCAGCCCCCCAAACUGCUGUGGGAACAGCCUCUCCCUGCCCAGGAGGAAGAGGUGGCCCGUGGCUCAACGUGGAGGCCAGCUGAGGAGGAAGAUCUGCUCUGCUUCCUGGGGGACACCCCGUGGGACAAGACACCCAGGGCUGGGCAGCUGGAGGGUGACCUCCCUUCCACGAAUGGCCAGACCACCUCCUCCUCCUUGCCCACCCAGCCUCGAGGGGACCACCUUGUCCCCCAGAAGCAGCUGAGCCCCGUUCCCUCCGUGGCUCAGCACCUUUUUCCAAGCUUCAGGAGCAUCAGCAGCCCUCUGGAGACUCCUCUGAGCUCCUACAGCUCCACCCUGAGCCACCAGAGCAGGCAGCAGCCCCAGGGCAACUGGAUUUUGCCCAACUCUCCCAUGGGACUCCCUGGAGACCCCCAGAUGCUGGGGGGCAGCCUGGCACCCCCCUGCCAACCCCAACCUGGGCCAGAAGUGUUGCCAGACCGUGCCUCCAGCCAUGACUUCUGCCUCUAG